GGAGCAACUAAUUCUAAUAACUAGGGUGAGACUUUCAUUUUUUAUUUUAUUUUUUUUAGCUUGUAACAGAUGUAUUUUACCCUAUUUACAGUCUUAUUGUCCGCGUUGGCUGUAGUUAAGCGACAGAUAUCGUUGACAUGUAACUCUGAGUUGUAUGGUUUGUGUUCUGUAGAUACAUUUAGAUAGGGAGUGGUAGUUGUGGAUACAUCAGCCCUUCUCAACUGAAGUUCUCUAGGAUAUGAUUAAGUGGCAUGGAUGAAAACAAUGGACAUGGGCAGGUGGACUAUUUGCUGCAAGUUGAAGACUCACUCAUAGAAGGAGUCAGCGACCCUGUCUUGUUUGUGGUCGUUCUCAGUGUCACGUUCUUGUGUGGACUGGUAACUCUGCUCUGCAGAAACGAGCAGCAGAACAUCCACCCAGAGAACCAGGAACAUGUCCGUGCCGUCCGACAGCAGCUGCAGUCCGACUCGCAGGAAGGUGAACCAACAGAGCCCAGGCAGCAGUUCUAUACAGACAUGUCCUGUCCAGUGUGUCUACAACAGGCCGUGCUGCCUGUGGAAACAAACUGUGGACAUCUCUUCUGUGGUUCUUGUAUAAUUGCAUAUUGGCGAUAUGGGACAUGGCUUGGUGCAAUCAAUUGUCCCAUCUGCAGACAAAUGGUGACCCUGCUGUUCCCACUCUUCCAUGAGCAUGCCGCCCCUCAGCAGGCUCAGGAUGGAACGGUAGAACCUCUCCUCAUCCUGCGGGAUCUUAACGACUACAACCGCAGGUUUUCAGGACAACCCAGAUCUCUGAUGGACCGGCUACGUGACGUCCCCACGUUGCUGCGCCACCUCUUCAGGGAGAUGUUCUCCGUAGGAGGCCUGUUCUGGAUGUUCCGGAUCCGUAUCCUGCUGUGUCUGAUCGGGGCUCUGACCUACCUGAUCUCCCCUCUGGACUUCAUCCCUGAGGCUCUGUUUGGCCUGCUAGGCUUCCUGGAUGACUUCUUCAUCAUCCUGCUUCUGUUCAUCUAUAUCUCUAUCAUGUAUAGAGAGGUGGUGACCCAGAGACUGGCAGGGUGAUGACACCCGUUCAGUUCGGCUGCAGGGAAAUUGAUUUGUGAUGCAGGAGCCAGGAGGACAUGAAAUGCCAUGGCCAGAGUUUACUGAUCAUCGCUUAGCUUCAGGUCAAAGACACAAACAGUGAGAGUGCUCUGUUGCUUUGGACUGGAGUUCCACCGUGCAGAAGAGUGGGGACUAGUUAACGGGUCUUUUGGCAAAAUGUUUAUUUCAUCAGUUAAUGUAAUCCUAUUGAAUAUGCUCAUCUAAAACGUGUGUGUGUGUGUGUGUGUGUGUGAGAGAGAAAGGGGGGGCUGGGACAAUAAACCGAAAAUUACUGGC